GUCACAAUUUGUGACAAAGAAUGGCAUCAAAUUUUGAUGAUUGUUCUUCAAUUAAUAGUUCGAGUGCACAUUUAAGUGUAAGAAAUCAAACAAGAGAAAAAUUUGAAUCAUUACUUAAAGCUGCAGUACAUAAAAAACGCUCCAACAAGUCCAGGGAACAUCUUCUGAAAGAUUUGGAAUCGCCCACUGAAAGUGCUGAAAAUUUAUCGAACAAUGUCGAAAAACUACAAAAAGCGAAUGAAAAUUAUAUUUUAAACAAAUUUCUUGAUCAUCCCCAGGAAAAUCAGCUUAAAACCCCGCCGGUGCCAAAACCAAGGAAAAAGAAACCUGCGUCUGUAACAAGUCAAAGAACAUUUGAGGUAACUUCUCCGAAAAUUUUAAAAAACAAUAAUGAAAGUCAAGGGAGCAACGCAACGUUCAAUGUUGAUGAAAUAGGCGAUGUUUUGGUGCACACCAGUCCUUUAAAACCAAAAGUUAUUAUAAAAGAAAAUACCAAAUCGAAAUUUUCGGAAAGUGAUGAGUCAAAAGAAUCUGAAAUAAAAGAAAAUAAGAACAAUAAGAUCAAAAAAAGAGCAAAAAAUCAUGUUGAUGAAGUUUUAGUGCACACAACUCCUUCAAAACCAAAGAUUAUUAUUAAAGAAAAGAUCAAAUCAAGAAGUAGUGAAAGUGAUGAGUCUCAAGAAUCGGAAAUAAAGGAAAGUAAGAACAAAGUUAAAAAGAAAAAAAAAAGAAAAAAUGAAGUUGAAGAAGAGAAACAAGAGAAAAAUUACACAUAUGAUAAAAUUGUGGAAAUCACAAUUCUGAAAACUGAUCGGCUCCAAUUAAGUUCUUUAGUAGUCCAUCCUAUAGUAAAACUUCACGUAAUUGAUGCAAUAACAGGGAAAUAUUUCCCAAAAAGUGAUAAAAACCGCUCCGUUGUAUUUUUUUAUGAAAACAAUGAUAAUGAUUAUAUUUCUCCAGUAAUGACACGUGCUUAUAAUUUACAGGAAAAAAGAAUUUUAUAUCCUUUAUGGGAAGAAAGCAUUUUAUUAAAUGAAGACUUUAAAUACUUCAGGGAUGAAAGUAAUCGAAUAAUUUUGUUUUUUGAGCUUUUAGAUUUCGUUUCUGUUUCAACAUUGCAGCAAUUAAACCAAAAAGAGUGUGUGAAAGGUUGGCACAACAUCGCGUUUGCGUUCCUGAAACUCGCUGGAAAAAAUGGUGAACUCAACAUUGGUAAAAAUUUAAGACUACAAUUGUAUUAUUCUCACCAAAUAAGGAAACACGACCCACAAAUUUGUAACGCUUGGGUUUGGUGGAAAAAGAAAAAAUUGAAAAAAUAUCCAUCCAGUUUAUACAUUGACAUAAAAUCGGUAAUUUCGCCCAGUAAAGUUGUAGAAACUUUCCGUUCAAAAACACCGAUUCAAAAAGAGACGAGUUCAAUGAAACUUUGUGAUGAAAUUCAAAGUAAUCAAAUUUUAAAUCCCGUUGCAAUAGUGGAAAAUACUUCUGAAUUGAAAAAAGAAACACUGACUUGGUCUAGGAAGCACAAUGAGAUUUGUAAAAUUCCAAAUAAAUGUUAUGGAAAAUUCAACAGUUUUGAUCAAGGCUGUUUUGUUAUGAAAUUUAGCUCGAGUGGAAAAUAUUUAGCGUGUGCUGUGCAGAGUGAAAAUUUAUUUUACAUUAUUGUUUAUUCGAUAGUUUCACUAAACGAAGUUAGUAGAUUUCCAUCACAUCAGGCAAUAAUUUAUUGUAUAAGGUGGUCCAGUGAUGAUGUCUUGCUCUUAUCAACGAGUGCUGACAACACUGUUUGUAUUCACAACAUGUCUUGCUCUUCUUUUCAGAUUUUGCCACAUCCGUCUUUUGUGUAUUGCUGUAACAUAAGUACGGAAAAUGUGAUAGCUACUGGUUGUUACGAUGGAAUAAUAAGAAUUUGGAACCAAACACUUGAUAAAAAAACCGAAUUUCAUUUGUAUCAAGAACUAGAAGCUCAUAAAGGAUACAUUACUUCUCUCUGUUUUAACAAAAAAUCGAAUAUUUUAACCGGAGAUUCGAUAGGUGUUAUUAUGGAAUGGCAAAAAGAAAAAAACGACUGGAUGUUGAAGAGGGAAAUAAAUCUAUUGGAUUUGAAAGAAACAGUAAUAAACCAAAUAUUGCUAUUUCCUAAUGAAAAAAGAUUAUUAGUUCACUCUCGUGAUAACACAAUUCGAAUAAUUGAUUUAAAAAGUGGAUGUGUUUUACAGUGGUUGCGUGGAGCGUCCAAUAAGAGGUUUCAAAUAUUUUGUACCAUUACACCGUGUGGAACUUAUGUUUAUUCAGGCAGUGAAAAUGGAUUUGUUCACGUAUGGAAUAUAAAAAAUGGACACGAAGUUGCUGUAUAUCUUCCUUAUUUGUCAGACCAUCAAUUUUUAACGAUACAUUGUGUUGAUUUUCAUCCACAUGAUAACUUGGUAGCGAUCUCUCAUUAUGGGAAAAAUUUGCCCAUUUUAAUAUACUGUUUCGACAAGAAUAUCGAAAAACCUGAGAUUGGUCUCACUUUUAAAGAAAACGAAGUUGAAUCCGUUAAAACUCAUCAGUCUGCGAAAGAAUUAAAAUUAAAUGGGAGUAUAAAAAGAAACAAAAAUGAAGAAAAAAUAGACUUUAAGAGCAUUUUACACAAAAUGGAUGCGGUACUUACCUUACAGAAAAACUAAUAAGUUAAUACUUUUAUUUACUAUAUCUUGUUAAUUUGAUAUACACAGUGAUUCAGGUAACAUUUCACAGCUUUUUUCUAUGUUCUAUGAGAAAAAAUAGAAUUGUCAAAUUCAAUAUUGUCUUAGUUCUUUUGUUUCCGAUGUUGUCGGAUUUUAUUUAUUGUUGGAUUUGCUACAUAUACUGAAGGGCCAAAAACUUAACCCAAAAUCUAACCUUUAAAGAGCUAUAUCUCGUGAAAAAAAGGCUGAAACAAUUUUUUGUCAUAGGAAUUUUUAACUCAGAUGUCCUUUAUCACGACCCAAGAUAGAUGGCCCGAGUUUUAAAAGUGAUUGUUGUCACUUUGGUGAAAAUUACAGUUUUGUGGCAGCAUUAACUUACAAUCUUGACUUAAAAAUCGACUGUGUUUGGGAAAAUAGAUACAAAAUUUGUAAAUAUGAUGUUAAUUUUGCAGAAUUACAUAUGAAAUUACAUAUGAAAAAGCUAUAUACCCUUAAAUGGCAAUUAUUGUAAUAAAUUUGUAUUAAUUCAUGAAA